AUGGAGCGCGCCCAUGUGAUUGUGCGUCUGCGGGGCGAGUCGUCUCCGUCCAGCGCCGCGGGCAUCUGCCGCACGAGCGCCAGCACCGUGCGGCUGGAGCACAGCGAGAUGUCCCCGGGCGUGGCCAGCAUCAGCUUCGAGCAGGUCUUCGACGUGCAGGUCAGCAACGCGCACGUGUUUCAGACGAGUCUCACGCCUGCAGUUGACGCCGCAGUCGACGGCAAGGCCACCACGUUGAUAGCCACGGGCGCGGCGAGCGCAGGCAAGUCGUUCGCGUGCCAUGGCGACCAGCAGGAGCCGCGUAGUGGACAGGCGGAUCCGGGACAAAUUACGCUGGCAAUUGGACGCGUUUUCAGUGAAUUAGAGCGCAAAUCAAGUGCAGGAUGGAAGUGCAACGUGCUACUGAGCUGCUGGGGCGUCGACACCAGCAAGAACGAGGCGCUGACGGAUCUUCUAGCGCCCGGGACGAGUUUCCUAACUCAAGACGUGGAGAAACUGCUGGUGGAGCGCUCGACGGUGGUCACGACGACUGAUGAGGCUGUGCGUUUGUACUCGAAAGCUCUAGAAAGGGUGAAUGAGAUGGAGAAGCAGGAUUUUGUGCUGGCGCUGCAUGUGGAGACGCUGGCUCCGAGUGGUGAAGCGAGACGAGGACGGCUCCUGGUUGUGGAUAUACAGGGUGGGUCCAUUAUUGAGCCACGAGGAGAGGAGGUGAAUCAAGUGGAGAAGAAGGAGAGAGCGGGGUACUUCUUGGAUGCACAGUUUCCCGUGAAUGAGACGCUGAGUGCGGGAUUCGGAGUUUUCGUGGGUGGGACCAGUGCGACGUACCUGCUGGUGGCUAUUCAGACGCCGGCACAAUUCCAGCAACAGGCCAUCCAGUCGCUUCUGUACGCGUGCAAGGCGAAAGAGAUCAAAUACUGCAGUAGAGUGAAUUACUUAUCAGCUUUUGCCGAUAAGAAGAACACCCAUCAGCAUGUUGCAAGCGGAAAGCGAGCAGCCGUGGAGGCUGAAAACCAGGCACCAGGUUGCAGAGAGGAUUUUGUCGCCCCUGGCGCUCCUGAUUCUGUCGUCUCAACUGAUCGCGAAGCGCCUUUGCUAUCACCAAGCUUGAGUCCUAGCACAAGUUGUGAAAGUCAAGAGCAGCUAAGGCAAUCGGAUAUUUCCAGACGUGUGCGCAAGGCGUACGACCUUGCAAAGGCCGCUACUACCUCGCCAACGAAAAUGAAUGCUGGAAUUGAGUGCACAUCCAGCCAAGGGGACACAGCCAUUCACGCGGUGCUAGAUGCAAUGCUGAAACAUCUACCUUGUGAUACGCUGCAGGAGUUGACUCUCCAGGCGAAGCUGGAGCACAUCUGCACGGCGCAAAUUGAACUAGAGCGUGCAUUGGCGCACGAAACUUCUAUCAAGGACAAAUGCGUCGACCGGAUUUCACGACUUAGUCAGACAAUGAGCUGCCAGGUCGUCGAACACGAGCAACAGCUUCAAGAAGCUUUGACGGCCAAACAUGCGGCCGAAACCCAGCUUCAAGAUCUCAGCAUUAAGUUUGAUUGCGUUGGACGCGAGGUGUCGCGCUUGCAAGAGGAAGUCCAAGUGUUGAAAGCUGGCCAGAAUCUCACCGCGCACAGCGAAGACACUCAAAGUACAACACCUGGAUUCGAGCAUGACCGUGCGAUGCUUCACACCUUGUCAGCACGACUCGAAGAAGCCAUGAUUCAGGCCAAAGACGUGAUAACAUACAAGGACGGCGUCAUCCAGUCGCUUGAAGAGAGACUCCAGCUCGCAAGCCAACGUGGGGCUGACGCAGUUAAACUAUUAGCAGAGGAGCGAAGCCGGUUUGAGCGCGAGAAGGCUCAGCUUCUUGAGGAGAUGCAGGAGAAGAGCAGCAACCAGGAAAGUGAGGAAGUUUCGAGGGUACAGGCCAAGAAUAUGACUCUCCAGCAGCAGAAAGCUGAUCUCACAGUUAAAGUGGCGCAGCUGACGCUCGAGAUGGAGACGGCUAGGUCGCAGUGGACUCAAGAGGCGCACGAUCGCGAAGCCCGAGCUGAGCACAGAUGUGCAGAGCAGGUUGCUAAAGCUGAGCAGCAACUUGAGCAGGCUACGUCUGCGAUGCAGCAGCAAAUGGCCCAAUUCCGGAGUGAAUUGGAUAUGAAGAUCGUGAGGCAGCGUGUAGCUGCGCAAGUGGCGUGCAAGGCGGGCGAGUUGAAAUGUGAACAACUGGAACGCGAUCUCCAGCGUGUGAAGCUCAAGCUAGUCAAGCAGAAAAUCAAGCUCGAAAAGAAGGCGCGGGUACUGGUAGCGAAUGCUCACCAACAACACGAAGAACCUUUGGCAGUUCUCCAGCGUGAAACCGAAGACUUGUCCACAAGGAUGGAGACCAUAGUUCAGCGGGAGCAAGCUGCGCUGAGACGGGCCUACAAAAGUGAGGAAAUUGUUGAAAACCUCAGGACCGAGGUGGAGCAGCUGAAAGCAUCAGCGGUUAAAUUGGAGCGAGAACGGAAAGCUUUGCGCAACCUGUGCAACGAGCUGGAGACGAACAAAAAGUCACUCCAGAAUGAACACGAGCAUCGAAUACGUGAGGUGGAAGUAUCAAUAGCAAAGCGAAUUAUGACAGCUGAGGCGCGAGUCCACGAAGAACGAGACAGACAGAUCCAAAGGCUAUUAGAAGAGCACCGCGCUGAAGUGAAUCGUUUGAAAGCCCUAGUUUCCGCAGCAGAGCAGGAAAAAGCUGCGAUCCAGAUGACAAGGCAACAGUCGACAUCGUCUGUAUUAUCGCGAGCCUCUUCAUCUGAGGAUGGAUCGUUGUCGUCCGACAGCAGUCGCCAGCAAAGUAUCCAAGAUCUGGAUGCUCUCAUCGACUCGAAAGAGCGGCGAUAUAGGCGCGGGGAGAAACGGAGGACAGCAGGCAGCUUGGCAAGGUCACCAUCAUCCUCUCCACCAACCAAGAGCUCAUCUCUAAAGAGGGAGCUCGUCCGCAAAAAAGACGAAAUUGCAGAGUUGUCGGUGCGUCAAAAGCAGCUCUUGGCAGCGUUGGCGAUCGCGAAUGAGCAGGAGACACUGGCCAAACGGCAGAUUCAAGAGACCGAGACUCAGCGUCAGCAGGAGUUGUCACGGUACGAAGAGCUCUUGCAACAGCUCAACACGGUCAAACAGGAGAACUGGAACCUCAGUCUCGCUCUCCACGUCACGGAGACGAACCAGCAGCAACAGCAGCGUAGACCAGCACGAUCCAGUCCAAUUUACUAG